GGAAGCGAACCGAAUCGAAUCGAAACGAUGACAAGCAGUCGACGGUCAACACUCGUGUAAAAAUGGCGCUCGCCGACGUUUGUGGCAUCAACUCCUCCAUCGAUUUCGGUUAUUCGCGAGAAGAAGAAAAGAUCACGAGCCAGGUCGAGACGUAUACCAGAAAUUUCACCAACAACCUGCAACUGGCGGUGCCGCCAUUCAUAAACCCAGCUGAAACUCUUGGUCGUAUAGCUCAAGGCACUGAUGAAACUGGAAAAGGUCUGAAGAUCAAAUUCGAUCAUGGUACCACAACUUUGGGCUUUCAGUAUCAGGGCGGCAUCAUUCUGGCGGUGGACUCGCGUGCAACUGGAGGACAGUUUAUUGGCUCGUCCACCAUGAAGAAGAUAGUAGAGAUUAAUGAUUAUCUUCUUGGUACUCUGGCCGGUGGCGCUGCCGAUUGCGUUUAUUGGGAUCGAGUGUUGGCGAGGCAGUGCCGCAUGUACGAACUCAGAAACAGAGAGCGCAUCUCCAUCGCGGCAGCGAGUAAACUCUUGUCGAAUAUGAUUUACAAUUUCAAAGGAAUGGGACUGAGUAUCGGUAUGAUGCUGGCUGGAUGGGACAAGCGCGGUCCUGGACUUUACUACGUCGAUUCCGAGGGCACUCGUACUCCGGGGAAGGUUUUCAGCGUCGGUUCUGGCUCCGUGUUCGCGUUCGGUGUACUGGAUUCCGGUUACCGAUGGGACUUGACCGAUGAACAGGCCUAUGAACUUGGAAGAAGAUCGAUUUACCACGCCACACAUAGAGACGCCUAUUCUGGCGGUAUCAUAAGAGUGUAUCACAUGAAGUCAACCGGAUGGGUGCACAUCUCGGACGAAGAUUCCAAGGAUUUGCAUUAUGCGUAUUGCGAUGAGAAAUUAGCAGGAGCAUCGAGCACCUCCUCCUAGAUUUAAUUAUUAAAUAUAUACAUUGUAUGUGCAGAUUAAUCGUUUAUGCAAUAAAACGAAAUAAUUUCUAUUUGUGUAAUUUAUAAUAAAUCAUCAUGUAAAAGAGA